UACACUUUACAGUACAGUACAUGUAUACAGUACAACCCGGAAGUUAACGAGGAAGAACAAAACAAGGAAGAGAUAAUGAAUUUUGUAGCUCUUCUCUAGAACCUUUGUGCUGACUGCACCAUGACUACUUUUCACGAAAACGUCAAGAACAUUUUGGCAGAUGUGGAGAAGUUCCUCAACGAGACGUUGAAGAAGGAGAAGCUGGGGAAGAAGAGUCAGGAACACCGGCAGCAGAUCCUUGAGAGACUGACCUACCUGUAUGAGGAACACCCACAGUUGGCCCCCACCAAGGGGCAGGACUCACUAUCAGUGGCUGAUGAAUCAUCAAUGACCGGUGGCAGUAAUAAAUCAGAUGAGAGUGAAGACACUGCAAACUAUAUAGAUGCUGGUGUCAGCCUGAUAGCAGCAAGUGACAUUAAGGAUCCACUGUUUGCUGGCCUCUUGGACAAGAAACAGAGGAAGGGAGCCGGUCUGCUGGGCCCGAAGUUACAGCAGCGUUUCUGUGUGAUACACAAGGGAGUAUUCUACUACUAUGAGAAACAGAAGGACAAGAAACAAUGUGGAUCAUUCAAGCUUGAAGGUUACAAGUUUCGGAAUGCCCCGGACAUUACCACAAAGAAGAACCAGAAGGAGUUAUGUUUCGAGAUCUACAGCGACGAUGACACCAAAAGGGUUUAUCAGUUCAUUGCGAAAAACAAGGAGGACUUUGAUUCCGUGGAACAGUUUGUUGGCAGUGGUGGAUAUGAGUUGAUAGAGGAGGACAUUUAUGAAGAGGUUGGUGCAGACCAGCCCCUUCCCCGAACCCCAGUCCAGUCACUGCCCCCACCCCCACCCCCAUCAGUGACUAUGACAGGGCCUGUGGCGGGACCAGAAGAGGAUUAUGUAGAGGAUGUUGCCAUCAUGCCCCCACCCCCACCCCUCACGGAGGAGUCAGAGAGAGGUCCAGAACCACCACGUCCCCCACCACUUAGCACUCUUCGGGCCCCACCCCCUAUGCCUCCCUCAGUUCCACCUCCACCCUCACCUAAAAGUCCACACAAAGUGCCGAAUACACCAGUGGAACCAAUACAGGACGAGAUUUAUGACGAAGCAAUAAGCAAAACAGAAGAAGCACCGCCUGUCAUACCAGGUAGGCAAGAUGGAAAAGUCAGGCAUAUCCGAAACAUGCCUCUCCCCCCACCUCCCACAGUGAAAACCAAAAUCAAUGUGAACAUCAUCUGCGAUCCACGAGAAGACUUCGAGAAUAUAUACUUUGGAAAAUGGGACUGCAGCAGUGAGACAGGAAGUGAGCUGAGUUUCAAGAAGGGAGAUAUGAUCUACAUUAUAAGCCGCCAGUUUGACGAGAAGUCAUGGUGGAUUGGGGAACACAAUGGCAAAUAUGGACUUGUACCCAAAACCUUCCUGGCACCUGCUUACACGCCAGUUGAGCAGUGAAUUGAACAGCAUUCUUUUGUUUUAAAAGAAAACAAAAAGUGUCUCUUUAAAAAUAAUUAAAUAGAACUAUUGCUUUAUAUUAAUAUGGCACGGUACAAUGGUUAAAAAAAACAAAAACAGAUUAAAAAAAAAUACCCAUAAAUAAAAUAUUAUUUUCUUGUUUUAUAGAAAAAGAAUGGCCAAUUACUUAUCACAACAUGUGUGUGUUUUUGCUAUCAUUAAACAGUGUAUUAAAAUUCAGUUUGGUCAGGCAAGUCUCAUGCUAUGUAAAAUUAACACAUCUAAAAGUGAAAUAUAUUUAUUUACUCAACUUGUAUGCAUUAAAUGCUUUGAACAAUUAUGCAUAAAGUGGUGCCAUAAAGUUAUGUCUAUUAGAAAUAAUGUAUCUCAUAUAAUUAUGAUUUAAGCAAAAAAUGCCUUUUACUCCAAGUUGGGCCUUGUAUGAAAAUUUGAUCAAAUAUUAUAAAUGUACGAUUAUGCAUUUUUGUUAAGUCUCAAGAUAUUAUAACUUCUGUGCUUAGAUUAACAUGUUUAAAUGUGCAAUAAACUACAUGUAUAAUAG